AUGUGCUGCAACUCCUAUGGCUUAAUUCCGGUCUCUUCACCACCACCACCCUCUAUCUCCCCCUCCUCCCUACACCCCUGUAUAUAUUUCCCAAACUACCCCUCAACUUCCCAAUUGAGAACCAAAUUUGGUUCCUUGAAAGCAAAAUCGAAGCUCAACGACGUCGUUUCAUAUGCUGAGCUCGAUAAUAGGAGUUUUUAUGAUCUUCUUGGUAUACCAGAAACGGGGACUUUAUUGGAAAUUAAACGAGCGAACAAGCAAUUAGCAAGAAAGUACCACCCGGAUGUUUCACCUCCGGAUCGAGUCGAGGAGUAUACCCAGAGAUUUAUUCGGGUUCAGGAAGCUUAUGAGAUUUUAUCGGAUCCUAGAAUGAGGGAUAUGUAUGAUAAAGAUAUGGCUAAAGGCCUUCACUUUGCCUUCUCUGCUCGUAGGCGUUACCAAAGCGAUGAGGACAUUAAAUAUUUGUCAGUUAUAGGGACCAAAAAGUGGCUAUUCGUGAAUUUUACCAUCCGCCCCACCCCGUUUGCCAUCCCUACCGCAAAUAUAAAGAUCUAUCUGGGAUGA